UUGAGCUUCCUGUUAUGCCACUUUUUUGAUUGAUAAGGGUGUGCUUGAGUUGCGUAGCCAGCAGCUAAAGAAUGACACUUGGAUAUUUUUUCAGGGUGUUUUUGCAUUGUUCAGUGCUGGUUACUGGUGUAAAUUGUGUUGAUGCCCAAGGCUAUGGCUAUCGUGUUGUCCAGAAAGGAAGGGCCCCAGAGGGACUCCACAUUGACACUGGAAGCUUCCAUUCUGCUCCCAAUCAGCUGUCUGAUUCUAAAGGUCCUACCGGAAGCUACAUAACAAAAUCCACACACGGUUUCCACUCCAAUGCAAGACAAGGACAAAGUAAGACGGACCAAAUUUCCCCUAGGGAACGUAACCUGAUUCUCCCUCUUGCACCAAGGGCCUCUUUCUACAGCAGCCUUAGCUCAAGGCCACUCCAAUCAGACCACAGACCAACCACUGUUUACAAAAAUGCUGUUGACAGGGCAUUCAGUCCAAAAACCGAAGUUCUCAAAUCCAUUAAGUCUACAUUUCCAAAGACUGUAGUGCCAAGCAGGUCAGUACACAAGUUAGGACUUUCCUCUAGGGUGGGUAACCAAAGUCCCUUCUCCCUCAUGUCAAGGGCAGAGCUUAACAGCAACUUAAAACAGGGGCCAGAACUAAAACCCAGUCUUUUGAGUAUACACCGCCCUGGCAAAGAUCAAAGCCAGGGUGGCAUCGCCAAAGCACCUCUGCAGGCUUUGAGCCCUGCUGUUGGUAGACUCUUUCCCCAACAAGAGAGAGCCCCCAAAGUAUAUGAGGCUACCAGACCAGUCCAAAUGAAAACCUCACGUGUGCAUCUCCCUCUUCUAAGUGGGCACACCAACCGUAUUGACUUGAGCCAUGAAACCAGAGGGUAUGCCCAAGUUAAUCGCCGUAAGCUAGCAAUUGACAUACCCCCUCCCAAGGGAUUUAAACAUAGGAUGAGAGUACCCAGUGGCAUUCAUUCCAGGAAAUCUGCCUCCAGCAAUUCUGUACAUGGGGUCAAAAAUGCUACACAACAGCCUAGCUUUCAGGCAGAGGGGAAUUCUGGAAGCCAUUUUGAAAAUGAUCCUGUGGAGAGUUUUGGCUUAAGAGGUAUCAGACCCCGGGGGAAAUUUGAACCUUUCCAGCACAGUCAUCCCACUAAUGGAGGGUCUCCUGGAAGACUGCUGAUAUUUCAUGGGCAAAGAGGUGUCACUGAACCUGAUUACUCAAGCAAAUCAAGUCAAGGAAGCACUUCUUCAAAUGAGAAGUCUGAUCAAGAGGAGAAGCUGGGCCCACGUGGUUUCAAGCCAGCCUUUGGAACCAGGAGUAGCCCUUCUCCGACUACAACGUCCAGUACUCCAGCCUCUCCUGAGACAGAGCUUAUGCCCGCUGUGCUGGUUGAACCACAAGCAUCAGUAAACUUUUAUGAAGAUUCCCUUGGUACUCAGGAAGAUUCUGAUAUACCACUCCCAGAACAACCUGACUUGAACACGGUGACCUCUGCAGGGCCUGAGCUGGAAGUGCACCCUGAUGAAAAUGAUGACAGUGGUGAAGAGCCAGAAGAGAAUCCUGCAGAACAGUAUGAUGAUGGGGAUUUGUAUAUUGUGAUGACCAUGAGCCCGAUGACUUUAGAUGUGAUAAACCUUUAAGGAUUUGUCAACAGCUCAUGCUGCUGAGGUCCCUGGCAAGAGGUAAUUGAGAUUGUCAGUCUGUGAUGCAGGUUUGCUCUGCAUUGAGUAGCUGAAUCCCCAGUUCAUCUAUUUUGAAUAAAUAUUACAGCUGAAUCCUUGUA